AUGUCUUUGAAUUGCGUAUCAGUACUGAGUAGCACUGAUCACUUUCACUCUCACUCUCACUCUCACUUUCACUUUCAUAUUCGCUCAUUCAUGGCAAACUCGGGGCCCAAUACAUGUCCGUUGACCGAGGUGAAGCACCAUCCAUCGGACCAUUUACCGCCCCAGUUACCACGGGCCCGGUGUUCGCUUCAGCGGAUGAAGAGCUUUGGCCACUUUGAGCCCCAGAAACAAUUGGACGCCGCCGAGACAUUUGUCUUCCUCCGUUCUCAAGUUUCUCUUGGCCAUCUUGAUUCGGCAGCACUCCCGAGAAACACAGCGAAACGACAGAAAAGAUGCUUAGGUUUCUGUCAGAUCGGGUACGAAAAGGCAAUUUUGGUCUUUGCCAUGCAGCGGUGCCCCAAACUCAACUCUCAAUCAGUCCAGUCCUUCUACAUACCCGGAGCCGGUGACAACCCGAUUACAGAUUAUUACAGAACAGCCCGGAACAAGUAUCCCGGCAGGCAGAGGGCCCCCCUGUCAGAGGAGCAAGACCUGAGGACUGAGGACCGAGAACUGCACUGCCUCUCUUGGUCGUCUCACCCUCUGUCGUUUUCCACCUCUUCCGAUUUGUCUCCCACAAUUCCUUCAGUCAUCAAGAGGGAAGAAAGAAACAAGGCUUCCCCAACCAAACCAGCCAUAUUCCAGCGAAUACCUCUGAGAGCUGGCACACCCACAUUGAACAACACAACCAAGACCAACUCACACGUGCAACAACUUGAAGAUCAAGAGAUGCAGUUCCUCCACGAGGAAAGCUCCGAAAGCACCUUUUCCAUGCCAGGGAAGACGGUACUGAAGCUUCCAUUCGGAAACCUGCGCCGAAACGGCAUCUCCCAGCCAGUUAUCUCUGUUCGCUUUCCAAGCUUCCGUUGUAAAUUAUCGCAACUUCUUGACUUGGUUUCCCGUCCCAUUCAAACGGUAGUUCCUCCCAAUGGACAGUGCCACGCGCUCCUCAAACCAAGUUUAUGCGGAUCCAAGCCCAAUGGACCGACCGCCACUUUGUGCACAAAAUACGCCCCAUCGGCGCGCCAAGCGACGCGAAACCAGGACCGCCGCCGCUUUGCUUCCAGCCGUCAUGAAGAAAAAUACCAACGGCAAAACAACACUGCCUCAAAUACCAAGACUGCCGCAGAACAAAGAUUCUCCCUCACGGCCCUCGCUUACUUGCUUUCUCUAAGAUGUUAG